AAGAAGGCCGCGCGCAUGCAUGGCGGGCGGCCCUGAGCUUCCCCAGCUUCGACUCCAAGACACGCAACUCACGCCAAAUACAUGUCGCAUUACUUUUUGGCAAACCUACUCUUUGUCGCAGACAACCUCUCUUUAGCCUCAUAAACCAAUCAACCUCUCUGGCACUCUGGCCGCUAUCAUUGUCCACACCCUCCAGACAUCCCACCAUGUCCACCGAAGCCGAUCCACAAACCGCAAACGAGAUAGACCAGCAACAGGCCGGAACCACCAAAGCUUCUGAAGAGCCGAAAACAUAUCGUGAGGUCGCUGCUGAACACAUCGACACCCUCAACGAGAUCAACCACCAAAUACCCAAAUUGCUCAAAUAUUUCGCAACCGCCCUUAGCCAGCUCACCAACGACCCCAUCCCCUUCCAACAUGACGCUAUGGAGUGUACCCCUGGCACCCUAGAAGCGCGUAAAGAAGCUUUCCGAAUCAACGCUCUCUUCGUCGGUGCGUCCUGCGAAGUAAUACGAACAGAGUUGGUGAAGCAAAUCAACGCUCUGGAGCGGUACAAAGUCAUCCCAAAAAGCCAUCCCAAGUUCACCGUCACGCAGAGACAAGGGCAGGGGCAGAAAGGCAAGGAAAGUGAGACGGAAGUUGUGGACCCGGAGAAAGAAGUCAAGAACGGAGGCUAUGGGGAAUUUGACGUUGGCGUGCUGAACGCAAGGGCGAGCUCGGGACAGGUUGGGACCGAAGAUGUUUUGGAUCGAGCCAAGGCCAUACUAGAGGAGCUACAGAAACGAACUGGCGGUGCGGUAGGUGGAGAAGAAUACAUGGAUGUCGAUGGGUGAGAGUGCUAGGACGUAUUGAGUGAGAUGCGUCCAGCCGAGCCAAACAACCGAGCAGCAUGCACGCGAUGCACUGCAAGCGACGAUCCUAGGGUGAUGAUUCAUGUCCUGAACAACAGACCAUGUGCGUUCAGGGAUCUCAGGGAGUGUUGCCAAAGCGUUCAUCCGAACGGGCAGUGAGUACCUGGAAACUAAAGGGCGGUCACAACGACCAACACAGCCGAGC